AUGAUUAUUGUGCCAGAGACACCAUCCAUUGUCGCUAGGUGGAGAGGGGCCGGGCUAACCCGGCCCUCCCUCAGGUUGAUACAAUGGUCGUACAUCGAUCGCACCGUGCGAGGCGAGCUCGUCGGAUCUGGCUUCGAAACGGGGACGAUCGUCGCGCCUCGCUUCUACCUCGCAUGCGUCGGCUGGACCUCGUUCUCCUCGUCUCGUCUGCUGGAGUCCUGCAACCGCGGUGGAGACGGUCAGGGGAAGAAGAGGUCGUUCUCCAGUGUACGGAGGAGGAGGGACAAAUAUAGCAUGCGACAAGAAAAAUAG